AUGUGGCUUCCAAACAAACUCCUAACAGGAGGAGACUCACUCAUGGCCUAUGAGACAGAGCAUCAGGAGACUCAAUACUGCUUUCCUGACAUCAACUCAUCAUGUAUCAAGGAGAGACGCUCCAGUCAUGGAUAUAUCAUCAUCUAUGUGUUUGUGUCAUUGCUGUCAGCAUGGACUGUGUUUCUGAACCUGCUGGUGAUCAUCUCCAUCUCACACUUCAAGAAGCUUCACACUCCAACCAACAUGAUUAUUCUCUCUCUGGCUGUGACUGAUCUGCUUAUUGGACUCGUCAUGCCUGUAGAGGCCAUCAGACUGAUUGACAAGUGUUGGUAUUUUGGAAACACUUUCUGUGGACUCUAUAUGUUAUUUGUGUCAUUACUUGUCACAGUAUCUCUUGGUAAUUUAGUUUUAAUUGCUGUUGAUCGUUAUGUGGCUGUGUGUCACCCUCUACUGUACCCACAGAGAAUAACCAUCACCAAAACAUUAGUGAGUAUCUGUCUGAACUGGGUUUGCUUCUCGGCAUAUUGCACUGCCCUUAUAAUUAACAAUAGUUUCUUUGACACUCAGACUGAUGUGUGUUACGGGCAGUGUUUAGUCAUGGUAAGUUUUGGCUGGAUAGCAACUGAUCUGUUCAUAUCUUUUAUUUUUCCUUGUUUGCUGAUCAUCUCUUUAUAUUUGAGGAUUUUCUAUGUCGUUCAUCAGCAAGUGAAGGUUAUAAACUCUCUGAUGAAGGGUGGUAAAUGUGUAACGGAGGGUUCAGUGAAGAGGAAAUCUGAGAGUAAAGCUGCUCUGACUUUAGGAAUCAUUGUGUCUGUUUUUCUGCUUUGCUAUAUCCCAUAUUAUAUCUGUUCUCUAACUGUAAACUCUUCCACAGCUUUGAAUGUUUUAGUAUGGGUUUUGUAUGCUAAUUCAGGUCUGAAUCCUCUGGUUUAUGCUUUAUUUUACUCCUGGUUUAAGAAGACAGCUAAACUCAUUAUAACUCUGAAAAUACUUCAUCCGGCAUCCUCUCUGAUCAAUUUUGUUUCACAACAUUAAUUAGAAUUACUUGCAAAGCUGUCACUAACAAAGGUAGACAUGAUAAUCGUUGAUUUCCAUUUGUAGUUUCUACUAAAAAAGAAGAGCCCUAGGAAGAAAAAAGCAGAGCUGACGGCAG